CCGUGUCCAGUCACGUGAGUAUGUACACAGGAAGAGCGCGUCCGUCGAUUCGGUUACCCCUCCACGCCCCCCCAAAAAAGAACCCAAAACGAGGAAAAAGUAAUCUCGUUUACAGAAUUAAGGAAAAAAAAACUAUGAAAUGAUUGUACCUUAGGGGACAAGUGUUGACCAAGCAUGCGAUUUGUUUGUUUUUAAUUUUCAGGUUUCAUUCAAGUUUGCCGUCGCUGCAGCCCCGAGAAGGUUGACGCGCUUUCGGAAGCUCAAAUAGCACCCAAACUGAGGUGGAAGUCGCCACUUGGCCAAACUUUGUCGCUAUGAGGUCGCUGAAUUACGUGCAGCGUGUUAGUUUGGACUUCUCGGGCACGCUCUUUCCUCACGCCAUCUGCCUGGGAGAUGCUGACAACGACACGCUCAACGAGCUCGUGGUGGGCGACACGAGCGGCAAAGUGCACGUGUACAAGAAUGACGACAGCAAAGCGUGGCUCACCAGGACCUGCGCCGGCAUGCUGACGUGCGUCGCCGUGGGAGACGUGUGCAACAAAGGGAAGAACUUUGUGGUGGCCGUGGGAGCGGAGGGCUGGUUCCACCUGUUCGACCUGAGCGCCGCCAAGGCCGACUCGACGAGUCAGCACGAAGGUUUCGCCGUGGACGAGCAGAAGCCGUUCUUCACGCAGCACAUCCCCGCUAACACCAGAGUCAUCCUCAUCAGCGACAUCGACGGCGACGGCCGCAGCGAGCUGGUGGUGGGCUACACCGACCGGGUGGUGCGAGCGUUCCGAUGGGAAGAACCUUCAGACGCUUCCGACUCGGGGUCCGGUCAGCUGGUCCUGCUCAAGAAAUGGCUGCUUGAUGGACAGGUGGACAGUUUGUCGGUGAACCCGGGCCCCGAGGGCCUGCCGGAGCUCAUGGUGUCCCAGCCCGGCUGCGGCUACGCCAUCUUGCUCUGCUCCUGGACGCAGCAGGACUCGCCAGCCGCCGGCGACGAGGACGUGCCCGCCCCAUCCGGCAGUGAGGGGCCUUCACGAGAUGUCAUUCUUCAUCUCACCACCGGGCGGAUCCACAACAAGAACGUUUCGACACAUCUCAUCGGGAGCAUCAGCAAAGGCUCGAAAGAGGAGUCCUCCAAAUGUGGCCUCUUUGCUCUCUGCACUUUGGAUGGGACGCUGAAGUUGAUGGACAGUUCCGAGCAGCUGCUGUGGUCGGUGCAGGUGGACCACCAACUCUUUGCCCUGCAGAAGCUUGACGUCACGAGGGACGGGCGCGAGGAGGUGGUAGCGUGCGCCUGGGACGGCCAGACGUACAUCAUCGACCACAACCGCGCGGUGGUGCGCUUCCAGUUUGACGAGAACGUCAACGCCUUCUGUGCCGGACAGUACACGUGCAAGGAAGGCAAGAACAGCCCGUGUCUGGUCUACGUCAGCUUCAACCACAAGAUCUACGUUUACUGGAAGGUGCAGCUGGAGCGCAUGGAGUCCACCAACCUGCUGCGAGUGCUGGAACAGCGGCCCGAGUUUAGACAUCAGCUGGCGGCGUUAGGGUUCGGUGGCGAAAACCCGGCGGCCGUCAGAUCGCUGCUGUCAGACGUUCUCUACAAGGACGCGCACUGAUCUUCUUGGUCGCCAUCGUUUUGUCCGCGCUCAUAAACGCUUGGCGACGCGCCUCCUCCUCCUCCUCCUUCUGAAAAAGCCGCCGUCAAUCAAAUGUGACGGGCCCCUGGAAGCGCUUCAGUCACUUGGCGCCGCCUCUGCCUUUUUCGCCCGUCAAUCUUGUUUGCUUCCAACGCGUGUCAGAAGCUCCCUCAUUCAUCCUCCUCAAUUGGGAGGAUUCCGUCGGCGCCCUCCCUGCUCCUCGGGCAAAAUGGAGGCCGAUCGGCAGCCCAAAAUAACAAUGCUCGUCUCACGUUGACAUUUCUUUUGAUGUCAUGUCGACGCAACGCAGCAGGCGUCACUUGCCGAGACUCUCCUUGGCUUGGUUUGGCGGCCCAGUGAGUCGGUUACGUAAGCUUGACCCCCCGUCAUAGCCCAAAAGCAAGCCUCAUCGUUUUACUAGUCGGCACCAAAAUGUGCAUUGUUAGCAUUGUAAAGGCAACAUUUCUCUUUUGCUUUUUUGUGCAAAUUAAAAAAUGAUCACCGCUUCAA